AUGAGAACAACAAUUGCGUGUGAGAGAAGAUCGAAAGUCAAAUGCAGACAUAAUGACCAGCCCCCUUGUGCAGGCUGCAUAAAGAGCGGCUGCACCGAGACCUGUGUCUUGGGUGGUCCAGUUCUUGGUCAGAGCUCAGGGCCCAAAAGACCUGCUAAGAGGCAGCGAUUGAGUGUUGAUCAGAGCCGAACAGAUGUCUCAGGUGAUGUUUGGCAAGAUGUUAAUCAAGUCUUCGAUCAGACGCCACGAGCGCAAGUGAUAUCUGCUAUCAACUUAUUCCGGGCUCAGUUUCCUGAGUUUGGCUUUCUGCAUCCGGAUGAUCUUGAGUAUCGACAAGAUGAGCUCAGUGUCGUUCAGAAACUCCGACUCCUCGUCAUUGUUGCAGUGUCACAUCGAUAUGCAGAGGCUUAUACCGCCGAUAUUAACAACAAGAAUAUUAUCUUCAUAGCCAACGAGGUGCAAAAAAGGGUAACGACUGGCCCAAGCCUAGCUCUCAUUCAGACCUUCCUCAUACUAUCGCUCUGCAACUGGGGAGACGGAGAUGGCUUCAAUGCUUGGAUGCACUGCGGUAUUGCAACGAGAAUGGCUCAAGGGCUACUCAGCACUGGUUUCGCAAGCUGUGGCAAAAGAGAGACGCUUUCGGAACUUGAGAAGAGAACUUUGUGGACGUGCUUCAAGAUGGACAGACUGCUUAGUUGCGGUAAACGACGACAGGCUAUGUUCGCUGAUGGAGACAUGCACUUCUCACUCCCCGUGAACGACACCCAUUUUCUCUUUGGGCAGAGUCCUCAGCCAACAACAGUAGAUGAUAGUCUGAGAAGCCAUGGACCAGAUGACCAUCUUGUUCUUCUCAUUCGAGGUUUACGUAUCUGGUCAAGAAUUCAUACGUGGAUCGCUGAGGGCGGAAGAAGACAGCCCGGUAUGACGGAACCAGAGCAGUGCCCGUUUAAUGAGACUUCAGAUUGGAGCAAGAUGAAGCAGGACUUGAUCAAGUGGCGAGGGUCUCAGGAUGCUCUGAUGAAGUAUCCUGCUACCAAGGUAUCGGUGCAUGCUCAGCGAGGACAGGCAGAGAGGUUUGGUUACACCAACUUGGUGUACUACGUCAGUUUACUCUUUCUUUGCCGAGAAUUCAUCCCCUUUAGUCCAGUAGACGAAGUCAUACCUCGCGGCCCCAUCGAACCACCACUCCUCAAAGCCCGAGGCCCCGACUCAUUCUGGCUCCAGAAUGUCUUCGAUCUCUACGACGCAGCAUCCCAAAUAUCCUCUCUCCUCUCCGAUCUCGAACACGUCGGCUGUCCCCUCCGCACCCCCUUCUCCGGGCUAUGCGCCUUCUCCUCCACUCUCUGGAGCAUUUACGGCGCAGCGUUUCCGAACUUUAUGGGCUUUACGCCAAGUCAAACCUCUGACGCUGAUGCUCAAGCUGAAAGGACUAUGGCUAUUUUAGUAAGAAUAGGAAAGGUUUGGAGAUUGGCGGAGGAGUGGAUUGAUGUUCUGAAUACAGCAAAGAGUAUCAUGACGAGGGUUAGUGAGGGCAGGAGGGUUAAGAAGUCGAGGUAUGACUAUCCGGAGUUGGAGGACUCUAUACAUCUUGCGCCGUUGCAGGGCAUGCCGAGACAGACGUUUGAUAGGCCUGCGGGUUUGGUCUCGGCGGAUGAUGGGUCGAAGUUGCAUCAGUUGGUUGCUGGCGAUGCUGAGCAGGGCGUGGAAACAGAAGGACUUGGAUUUCUGGAGGAGACGAGUGGGAGUGAGUUUGUGGGUGAGGAUUGGUGGAGGUUACUAUCGUUUUGUGAUGAUCCGCAUCUUUUGUCGACCAGUAUGGACAAUAUGGGUGAUGAAAACGUAGCUUAG